AAAAAAAAAAAAAAAACAACACAAACUGUCACGUGACAGCCAACAUGGCCGCCACACUGUCAAGCGAACAUUUCGACAAUUUGCAGCUUCUUCUCAAGGCUCCGUCCAAAGAAUUUGUGAAGGAAAUGUGUAUGCAGAGUCACGGAGGUCUUAGUGUUCGUCUGACUCAGAACGCCGCGACUGCGCUCGCCAUUCCUGAAGCUCAGGCAGCUCAGCUGGGCCGCUCGCUGCGCACGCUGUCGACUCACGUCGUCUUCCACAACCUGAGCUCAACCGAGGAGGUCAUCCAAAUUUUCCCCGAGAGCUUCCACUCCAGUCUGAAGAACCUACUUACCAAGAUCCUGCUGGACAACAGCAACGCGUGGAAAACGGAUGCUGUCGGGAGUCAGAUCUCGCUGCCACAGCUGAAGGCCGUGGACUGGCGGGUGGACUUGGUGAGCAGCUCGGAUGCCCUCAGUCGGAUGUGUGUCCCCACGUGUUUGGUCCACCUCAAGACAGAGGAUGUUGGAGGCGAGGAUUGUGUUUCUGGGGCGACUGUGGAGCUGAGCAGGGAGAGUCUGGACACCAUGUUGGACGGACUGGGCCGCAUCCGGGACCAACUGUCGGUGGUCGCUGGGAAAUGAUUUUGAACGCAUUUUUAAUCAUCUGCAAUGACGCGAGGAUGCAUUUUGUAACAUCCGCCACUCAAAUACGAUAGGUGGUGUUUCUACGUCUGGCUGCUUGUUGCCAGGCAGAUUCCAUCCUAACUGCCACACUAGCCCCGCCCACUCGACCUGGCCCUCCCGAUUUCUGGCACGCGGUCAACAGGUAGUUGAAUCCAGCUCAGAACGCAAACGUUGUUGUCGCACAUGGGCAAGGCGAAGUCGCCCUCGUGUGGGCGUGGCUAAAAUCGCCUCAGAACAGAAAUCACGGUGCAGAUUUUCUUCCACAACUGGCCGGAAAGGCUCCUCACCCAUUAAAGAGCUCAACAGACAACA